AUGUCAACAACACGAGAAGGUCCAAAUCCAUUGCGACCGUACUACAAACCACCUUCGAUCGGGAUACCUCCGGGCCCGCCAGGGACGACGAGCUCUGGGACCCAUGGAUUAGGACCAAGGAAUGGCAGUGCGGCUUCCUACGCGUCAUCUGCACGCGAUAUACUUUCAGAUAUCGAUUACACAGACUACGGCUCGUCGUCUACGGUGGAGUCGGUAAAGCAACAAAUUGACGACUGGUUCUACAGGUACAUGAGCAUACUGCUCGGCCAGCCAUUUGAUGUUGCGAAGACGGUCUUGCAGAUUAGGAGCCAAGUGACAGACGAUGGGCCGGCUGUCGAGCUCAAACCGCGGCGGCAGCGUAAUAAAGAAUCUGCGUAUAAUGAUUAUCCUUCAGAUGACUCGGAUCCAGACGAGCCGGCGUACUUUACAUCUACUGCUCCUUCGUCUCAUUCAUAUUCUCCUGCGAGGAGUCGGAGGCGGCACAGCAGCGACUCGAGGUUUUCACCCUCUCCUACUCCAAAGCCGGCAGCUGCUCCGGCGCAUCAACUUGUCCUCAGACGAUCCGAUGCAGUACUGGAGGUAAUAUCACAAGAGUGGUCGAAAGAGGGGGCAUGGGGAGUGUGGAAAGCGUCAAAUAUUACCUUCGUCUACAGCUUACUGCUACAAACUAUGGAGAAAUGGUCUAGGGGCUUGAUAUCUGCCCUGUUGAAUGUUCCAGAUCCUGAGAUAUCUGCUGGACUGAUAGGCUCGACCUCCCCUUGGGCUACACUGGGCGUGGCUGUUGCAGCAGCGGCAACGGCAGGAGUUUUUCUGGCGCCCUUAGACCUCAUCCGCACAAAACUUAUCAUAACGCCAGUGGCGUCCCCAAAACGCUCUCUGACUUCCCAACUCCGGACCCUCCCCUCCUACCUCUGUCCAGCAUCUAUCCUUCUCCCCACAAUCCUGCACUCCCUCAUUACCCCCUCCAUCUCCCACUCCACGCCCCUUCUCUUGCGUUCCCACCUAUCUAUUGACCCAAUGCUCACGCCCGGCACUUACUCUCUCUUCAAAUUCCUCUCCCGCGCCGUCGAACUAUUUGUCAAACUGCCCUUAGAAACUGUCUUGCGGCGAGGACAAGUCGCCGUAUUACUCGAAGACGUGGAAAUAGCCAAGGCCCAGGGGACAUGGACAUCGGACUUGAAACCCGUCGUCAAAGUAGGCGAAUACAGAGGCGUGAUUGGGACAAUGUGGAUGAUUAUCCGCGAGGAAGGGAUUCGCGAACCUCCCAUUCUUACCCAAAAUAUCAAAGGAAAGAAAUCUCAAAAGGAGCAGAAAGGGCAAGGGCUGCCAGGGCUGUGGAGGGGGUGGAGGGUGGGCAUGUGGGGGUUGGUUGGGAUGUGGACGUCGCGGGCUUUGAGUGGUAGUGUGAAUGGAGGGGAGUUUUAG